AUGGGAACCGCCGAGAAAGGGUCCGUCGACCUCGUCGACACCAUUUCGGAAUUUGCGUAUCCUGCGAUUCGGUUGGUGUUAGCAGCCUCAAUAGUUUGGUACUCCAGAGAGUCUUCUACCAACCCAAGGUUCUUUUCUGGAUUGUUGUCGGCAGCCCUUGCAGGGUUUCUUACAUUUACUUUCUUGGAGCCCUUGUUUACACCCGUUGGUCUUGAUCUUGCAAAUGUUGCAUUGUGGGUUCUCGCCCUGUAUUCUUCUAUGGUUGGAAUGGCUCUUGGAGUUUUACUUCCAGCUUUUUGUCCUGGACUAUGUUUCGGAGCUUCUACCGGGCUUUUAGUCGGAUGUUACCUUGGAAUGGCCAGCACUUUGUAUUGUCCUAUCAUUUGCGGUGCGGCUGCGUUGGUUGGGGCAGUGGUUUCUAGUCGAAACCCUACCUAUAUGGUCACCUGGGCAACAAUCAUUGAAACAGGUGGUAUUGCAGCAUCAGUUGCAAUGAAGCCUGCGAUCUUUUACAUUAUGGAUGUAGCUAGAGGUUACCCGCUCUAUCCAAAUGAGAUUGAGAACCUCUAUUCGUUCAAUUUGACAUCUGGAACCGUAUUCAGUUUGGCUUGGACUGCAGCUUCAGUACUUGUGGCAGCAGCAAUGAUAUACACUGAUGGAGGCUUGCAGCGACUGAAUCCAGUCGAGGCACUCCAGCACGCGCGAAGUCAAGCGUCUUCUAGUGAACCAAAGGCUUCAAAGGGAACGACACAGCCUCCCUACGCUGUCAAGGAUACAUCAGCUAAUCUUGAGGCUUUCAACAUGUUUGAUCCGGCAGAUCUUCCACCACGGCUCGCAGAGUAUGCGAACAUGGUUUAUUCUGCAUGUGAAGACAUUGGCAAUUUCUUCGGCUUCCAGGAUUCCGCGGUUCGCAACCAAGCUGAGCACUUGCUUAUCCUGAUCAGUAACAAUCGAAGAUACAUGAGCAGCCAUAUUCUUCCUCCCUCUGUACAACCUCCAAGCCCAAUCCAUGCUCUUCAUGCGAAGGUAUUCUCCAACUACGUCAAAUGGUGCCGUGCAAUGGGUGUCCCACCACAGUUUUCCAAAAUGAAUUCAUCCAUCUCAGCACCUCCUGCGGUUGCUAGUCGGGUGGUUGACUUAGUCUUGUAUUUCUGCAUUUGGGGAGAAGGUUGCAAUCUCAGACAUAUGCCUGAGUGCACUUGGUUUCUGUACCACAAGAUGAUGGCUGAGUACAUUAAAAGUGAGGGCUACACUCAAACACGAAGCCUGUAUGCCGGCCACUUCCUUGACAAUGUUGUGGAACCAAUCUAUGCUAUCGUUAGCAAGAGCAUGAAAUCGCCGAAGGAUCAUGCCGAAAGGAGAAACUAUGAUGACAUCAAUGAAUUCUUCUGGUCUCGAAAGUGUCUGAACUACCACUACUCAAAUGUUGAUCAGACGGAGCAGCAAGAUAUCGAACUGCUAAGUGGAUUUGGACAACUCCCAGGGCAAACUAUGCCCCCAAUCUCGGAAGGACUUGCGGAUGCUCCAAAAACAUUUCUCGAAAAGAGGUCUUGGUUGCGAGGACUUCUUGCAUUGAGUCGUAUUUUUGAGUGGCAUAUUGUGACAUUUUAUCUCCUGGCAGUGGUUGCAUUUUCCAACGAAUUGGUUUGGGGCUGGGUGUAUUCCUUGCAAAUUGCAAGUGGUGUCUUUUGGAUUUUCAAUGUGUUACACCUUUUCUGGGCCCUUUUGGAGGUUUGGGGCAGCUACCCAGGUAUCCAAAUGAGCGGUACUGAGGUUUGUGGCUCUUUAUUGGUUUUGCUAGCGAGGUUCUUAACGCUUGUCUACCAAUCGCUCUACAUCAUGUGGGCAUUCUCGCCAGAGCAUGGAAAGUUCCUUGGAGUUGAGGCGGAUUCGACAUUUUGGUGGUGGCAGUAUAUUUGGCUUUCAUUGCUGGUCAUGACUCCGUACAUUCUUGAAACGCUCAUGCAAGUAUAUCCAGCCUUGACAACCAAGAUUUACACCAGUCAAAAUGACUACGUGCAGGCUUUUCUGAACAUCCUGUACCCAAUCAGCCGGUUGUACGUGGGAAAGGAAGUUCACGAAUCUUUCGGACACACCGUGGUCUAUCUUUUCUUUUGGAUUACACUGAUGGCCUGGAAGCUAUUCUUCUCUUACAUCUUUGAAGUAUAUUCAAUGGUUCUACCAUCGAUUGAGCUGACCGAUGACUAUGUGAACUAUCCCAACCAAAGUUUUGCCAAGAUGAUGCUUCUGUUGACAAUGCGCUGGACACCGCAAUUCAUAGUCUACCUCAUUGACAUGAGUAUUUGGUAUGCAGCUUGGCAAGCAUUUGCUGGAACAUCUAUUGGAUUCUCUGAUAACCUGGGUGAUGUGCGAUCAAUGGACGAUAUCAGAAAGAACUUUGGGCGUGCCCCAGAGCAUUUUUGCAAGAAAAUGCUGUCACCAGACGCUGGAAGCCGCAGAGGGUCCACAGCUAGUUUCGUUGGUUCAACUUCUGGAGGUAGCUUGGCAGAGACUGCUUCUUUGCUGGGUGGUUCAUCUCAUCGAUUGCAGAGUUAUGUCAAUAGACUUCUUGACGUGAGAAUUCAGAAGUGGGUAAUGUUCAGUGCAGCCUGGAACGAAAUCAUUGAUCACUUCAGAGAAGAGGACAUCAUAUCGAAUACAGAGAGUGAUAAUCUGAAGUUCAGCCAGUUCGACGGUUUUAGUCAAGCGAUCUAUUUGCCUGUUUUCCAGACUGCCGGUGCUAUCGAGGAUGUUCUGUCAGAACUAGAGCGACCUGCAGAGGAAUACUCCGAUCCUAAGACUGGCAUGUUUACUGAUGAAACCUACUUUCAACCGAUCUCCAGUCAUGUGACCAUGCAAACUGCAGUUUCGGAAGUCUGGGAGCUAGGUGCCUUUCUGCUGAGACAGGUCCUUGGACCCAUCCACGGCGAUGAUAUCGAUACGGUUGGGGUCAUGAUUCAAGGAUGGGCAGAAGAUUCUAAUUUGACUACGAAGAUGAAACUUGAUUCUGUACGAGGUGUUAUUAAGAAUUUCGUUGCUGCCAUAACAAUUCUUGCGAAGGGAAUCAAGAAUAGAAAGCCAGCAACGAAGCCGAGACUAUCGUCCAAACGCGCUGAAGUGUCCAAGCCAACGGAAAACAAGAAUAGAGGCAUGCGACGUGCUGUUAGCGCAACUUCUCUUGGCAGUCUUGAAACAGAGUCAAAGCCAGAAUUCAAGAGCAAAACUACCAAACAGGAGCCAAUCGUCGACGCAAUGCGAGACCAAGUUAGAGACAAGUUGCGCAACUUCAUGCAUGGUGUCAAGGGUCUGCUGAAGAACUCAUAUGGCGAUGCAGAGACUCGUGAUGUGCUGGAUCGGAUUACCUUCUUGGGAAGCAUGGAAAAUGGCUUCUUCUGGGACGAUGCUUAUGCUUCAAAUCAGUUGGAUAUAGUCUGUCAGAAUUCGAACUUCAAGGCUGUCUUGAAGAAGCUCGACGGUCUAUUGUGCAUGCAUCCAGACGAUGCCGAGCCAAAGUCGAAGGAAGCCCGCAGACGAUUGACCUUCUUUGUCAACUCGCUGUUUAUGGAUAUGCCCGAUGCUCCUUCGAUUCACGACAUGUUUUCUUGGAACGUUUUGACACCUUACUAUUCCGAACCUGUGAGCUACAGUAAAUCAGACUUGGACCAACGGACAGAUGCACUUGGUGUCUCAACAUUGCUGUAUCUACAAACACUGUACCGAGAUGACUGGAAUAAUUUCUUGGAAAGACUUGACAUUCAAGACGAAGAGAAGUUGUGGACUAAGAAAUAUGCCGAAGAGACUAGAAGAUGGGCGAGUAUCCGCGCACAGACUCUUAGCCGAACUGUGAAUGGAAUGAUGUACUACGAGAAGGCACUGCGACUGCUUGCAAAUAUGGAGCGUCUCGACGAAGACACCACGAAUGAUCUAUUGGGUGAAAAGUUUGGAUACAUUGUCUCUUGUCAGGUAUAUGGACAAAUGAAACGAAAUCAAGAUUCAAAGGCCGACGACAUUGACGCAUUGAUGCAUCGAUACCCACACUUGCGCGUAGCAUACAUUGAUACCAUUCGUAUCAACAGGUCUGGUGCUUCCGUGUGCUAUUCUUGUUUGGUAAAGAGUGAUGGCAGAGGCAGUGUCCAAGAGAUUUACAGAGUUCGUCUACCAGGAAACCCAGUGAUUGGCGAAGGAAAGCCAGAGAAUCAGAAUCACGCCAUGAUUUUCACCCGUGGCGAAUUUCUGCAAACCAUCGACAUGAACCAGGAAGGCUACUUUGAGGAAGCAUUGAAGAUGAGAAACUGUCUCCAAGAAUUCGCUAAGCGUGAAGGACCACUGCCAACAACAAUUCUUGGUUUGAGAGAACAUAUCUUCACUGGAAGUGUGAGCUCGCUUGCGAAUUAUAUGGCACUCCAAGAAACUUCCUUUGUCACCCUUGGUCAGCGUGUGCUCACCAGGCCACUGCACAUUCGUCUUCACUACGGUCAUCCUGAUUUGUUUGACAAACUCUUCUUCAUCACCCGUGGUGGUAUCAGCAAGAGUUCCAAAGGUAUCAACCUCUCCGAAGAUAUUUUUGCUGGAUACAAUAAUGUCAUUCGUGGCGGAUCGGUUGGUUUCAAAGAAUAUCUUCAGGUUGGAAAGGGUCGUGAUGUUGGUAUGAGUCAAAUCUACAAGUUCGAAGCCAAGUUAAGUCAAGGAGCUGGAGAGCAGAGUUUGUCGCGUGAUGUCUAUCGAAUGUGUCACCGAUUGGACUUUUGCCGUCUUCUAUCUUUCUACUAUGGUGGUAUUGGUCAUUACUUCUCCAACGUUUUGACCAUCUUGACUGUCUAUAUCGUUGUUUAUUUGAUGGCUGUCCUUGCACUCUUCAAUCUCGAAAAAAUCGGUGACCGUAUAAUCACACCCAUGGGUACAAUCCAGAUGAUGCUUGGAGGGCUUGGUCUUCUGCAAACGAUUCCUCUUUUUGCAACUCUUGGAGUUGAAAGAGGCUGGCUCGCCAGUUUACAAGAGAUCUUCAUGGUUUUUGCGACUGGCGGACCCCUUCAUUUUAUGUUCCACAUUCAGACAAAGGCAAACUACAUGGCACAAACCAUUCUUGUUGGUGGUGCGAAGUAUCGUGCAACUGGACGUGGUUUCGUGACUCAACACACUGCAAUGGACGAACAGUUCCGCUUCUUCGCCUCGAGUCAUCUGUACUUGGGUAUUGAACUUGGAGCUGGCUUGAUUCUGAUGGGCUUGAACACAGAUGCUGCCCAAUACUUCGGUCGAACUUGGUCACUGUGGCUUGCGUCUGUUUCUUUCUUGGCAAGCCCAUUCUGGUUCAACCCAUUGACUUUCGACUGGAAUGUUUGCUCCAACGACUACGUUCUUUGGUUGAGAUGGAUGCAAUGCAGUUCUGGUGGCGCAUCAAAGAGUUGGUCGAUGUGGUGGAACGAAGAGAACGCGCACUUCAAGAAAAUGGCGUUUGCUUCAAAAAUGUUAUAUUGUACCAAAGCUGUGCUCUUCUGGUUGGUUGCGGAAGGAAUCCGUCAGUCAGACCUUUUCAGAACCGAUGUUUCUCUAUCCACUCCUGCGAUACCUGUUGGCAAAUUGUUGUGGGUUAUCAUCUUGCUUCUACUCCUUGGCCACGUUUUCAAUCAAAACGAGAGGAUGAUGCCAUAUCCAGUGAGAAGAACUAUCGGAAUCUUGAUCUUCGUUGGCUUACUUGUUGGAAUUAUUACAUUGUUUAUCGAAGAUAUCAAUUACCUGCGCUAUGCCAUCGCAGCCUACUAUGGAGUUGGGGCAAUUUGUUUGGUGGGACUCUUGUUUGGUUUAAACAGGUUUGUGAAGUUCUUUUACUUCAUCCACGAUGUGGUAUGCGCGCAUAUCAUCUUCCUUCCUCUCUUUAUCUUGGGUGCAUUGCAACUACCAGGACACAUCCAGACUUGGUUGUUAUACCAUAACGCAUUGUCCACAAACGUUGUUGUCAGUGAUAUUCUUCGAUACGCACGAAAGACAAAGGAGUCUAGUGGUGGAGAGAGCAACGAAGAUUUGGUUGAACAAGUUGCUGAACUUCGACGAGUUGUGCAGCGACAAGAGCAAAUGCUGACCGGUUCUGGUUUUUCUUCGGGGAACGCUGCUCUCGUGGUGGCAGAGCCUCCCAGUCCUACCGAGACGCCAGAACCACAACCUGAACUUGGUCGACCCCAGCAGUCAGGUCGCUCGUAUGAUCGUUCGGUCAGUAUGACUGGCAUGGAUGUCUGGAGCAGUAUGGCGUUUGGCGAUACUGGAGAAUUCUCACGCGAUGCCAGCACUGCCGGAACUUUGGCAACAGAAGGUACUUCGACAAGUUCCGUGUCACAUUCCACCAAUCAAGGAUUCUCGUUUACGCAACCGGACACUAUGCCUCCUAGGUGA